CAACUAUGCCAGUGCGUGAAAAUGCACUUCUUAGAGCGAUGACUUCUCACUUUCCGAUUCGCCUAUCAUGGGUGUGGUUAGGAAGCUGCGCGUGCUGUGUAUGCAUGGAUAUCGCACCAAUGCCAAGAUCAUGGAGGAUCAGACGCGCGGGCUGCGCAAGGCGCUGGCUCCACACGCCGAGUUCGUGUUCUUGAACGGGCCCAUCGAAGCCCGUGGACCUUCGGACGACGUUAUCGAGAAACUCUACGACGAUAACAAGCCAUUCUACGAAUGGGGAAGCUUCACGGAGCGCGAGCGGCCGCACCGAUUGGACCCGGAGACGCAGGAGAUUGAAUAUCUGGACGGCGGAUGGUACCACGACUAUGUGGACUGGGACACCACGGUCAAGUAUAUGGACGAACAGCUCCCCAAACUCGGACCUAUUGACGCGGUUGUGGGCUUCUCUCAAGGGGCACAGACAAUGACAGCGCUGACGAUGUGGUACCUGCAUCACCACAAUAAGCGAUGGUGGAAGUGCUGCGUCAGUGUUUGUGGUCCGCGCGUGCGUGGGGCUGCAUUGCGUCCAUUGUUCGAGCACCCGGAUGGUACUAAGAAGUUGGUUCCAAUGCCAUCGAUUCACAUUGUUGGAAAGACGGACAAGUGGCGUAGCGGAUGCUACGAAUUGGUGGACAUGUACGAGGAUCAGCCCGAGGGAGCAGCUCGCGACAAGUUCGUGUUCGAGCACGACACAGGCCACAGGUUUCCUAGUGGAGAGCGACACGAACAGCUUUACGAAGACGUGGCACAGAUCAUUCGCUCGCACUGCGAGUCACCGUCUGCAAGUGAGUGGAUCGCCUAAAUAUCUUACAGCAAAGGCAACAAUAUACACAAAGGCUGCAAAUAAAUGUGUUGCGUUAUUAAAAAAAAAAUAGGCUGCUUUGUAGCUCUCGCAGUGCCAAAUAGUCACCAACUCAAUAAAAAUAUUCAACUAAAACAUCGAUGACAGCGUC